UCCCCACAAUUGAAUUUUUUUAUUUUUCUUUUUUAAAUUCUCUUUUUAGAUUAUCAUUAAUAUUUGUUUUUGGAUUAGUCAAGUUUUACCUGUCGAAUCAUCAAGUUCUUAACGAAACAAAAAUUGAUAAAUAAAUAUAUUUUUUAAUCAUGUGGAGUAUUAUGUUGCGGUGCAUUGUUGUUUUAAGUUUUUUGGUAACAACAAAAGGACAAAGUUAUGAUCUAUCAGAUGAUGAAUUAGUUGAUCGAGUUAAUUUUGAAGUUGAAAAUUUAAAACCAAGUAGAAAACGUGCUGAUUAUAAUGAACAAUUGAUACAUCAAGAUAAUCAAGAAAAUAUAUAUUCAGUACCAUCUCAAUAUCUUGAACCACCAGCUAAAUUUUAUUCUAGAUCAAUAAAUGAUUUUCCCUUUGAAGAAACAAGCACUGAUUCGACAAUUAAAAAUCAAGAUUUAUCAACAGCAUCAUCAUACGAUACCUCGACAAUAAAAACACUAAAAAUUUAUGAAAUAACAUCGUUCAAUUCAUCAACAACAUACAGACAAAAUCAUGAUGAUGAUGAUUUCGAAACUAAAACUUCAACAGAUUCAACAGAAAAUAAUAAUAUUAAAAAUAAUUUUGGUGGAUCUAUUGAUUCUUCUGAUUCGAUUGGUAAUAAAGAAAAAAAUACUUGGAAAAAUGAUUAUCAAUCGUCGGCUCCAAGAGAUAAAAUUAAUUCAAUCAGGACAAGUUUUUCACGGGGAAAUCAGAGAUAUCAGGAUAACAUUGGUGAGACAAUAAAUAAAAAAAAUAAUUGGCAAAGACCAGUUAAUAAUUGGAAAGAAAAAUCGAAUCAACAAAUAAAUAAUUACAAAUUUCAAGAUAGAGACAGUGGAGCUGCACCAGGUACACCAGAUUAUCCAAUAAAUUACGAACAUAUUUAUUAUAAAUUACAAAAUAAUAAUGGAAGAUUUCCGUGUCCUCAAAAAUUAACAACACAUUUUUAUCUUGCUGAUCGUUUAUCAAGAUGUCAGAUUUUUUAUGUGUGUUAUGGAAAUAGAGGAAAUGGUGUGCCAAUGAUUUGUCCAAAUGGUACAUUGUUUAAUGAAAAAUUACAAGUUUGUGAUUGGUGGUAUAAUGUAACUUGUUAAUUUAAAAAAUUUAUAUUUUAAAUAUUAAU